AUGCUGGACUGGAGAUUGGCAAGUGCACAGUUCAUCCUGGCUAUGACUUUGAUGCUAUGGAGUUCAGGAAAAGUCCUCUCAGUGGAAGUAGCAACAGAGGCCUUUGAUUCUGGACUCACAGAAGUGCACUUACCACCAACAGUCAGGGAGGAGAAAUCAGCCACUGACCUGGCAGCAAAGCUCUUGCUCCUCAAUGAACUUGUAUCCUUGGAGAACGAUGUGGUUGAGACAAAGAAGAAGAGGAGCUUCUCUGGUUUUGGGUCUCCCCUGGACAGACUCUCAGCUGGCUCUGUAGAUCGCAAAGGUAAACAGAGGAAAGUAGUAAAUCAUCCCAAAAAGCGAUUUGGUAUCCCUAUGGAUCGAAUUGGUAGAAACCGGCUUUCAAAUUCCAGAGGCUAA